GCGGAAACGACUAUUAGUACCGGAAGACUUGCGCUAGGUGAACACUUUGGCACUGAUCUUACAUUGGUUGCAAAGAUUCAGAACUACUAAAGAUGCUUGCCUCAAGUUUUAGGGACUGCAAGCGGAAUUCUUUGUGCAAAAGGAUAAUCUCUGACCAUCUCUGUUGGGACAGGCAUGGAAGGAUGAGGGUCUUCCAUUGACAACAAGCAGCAAUGAGGCCUGCAAAAUGUAUGACGCAAUACUCUCUCAGUAUGUGACCUGGCGUAAUGAUGAAACUUUGGGCGGAAUAUCAGGCUGCAUGACUGCAAUUAAGGAAGCCGAUCCAAAUUUUGUCAUGGGCCAUGUGAUGACCACCGGUCUUGAGCUGGUGGGGACAGACAGCUCUAUCAGGCUCAACCAACGCCUGGCCAGUGCCGUGAAGACCACGAUGGAGCUGGCCGCAGCUCAGGACAUCACGCCCCGGGAGAAGCUCCACGCCCAGGCUGUGGAGCACCUCUCCGUCGGGAACUUUCCCAAAGCAUGUGGUGUAUGGGAAAGUAUUCUGGUGGAGCACCCCACGGACCUGCUGGCCCUGAAGUUUGCUCAUGACGGCUACUUCUUCAUGGGUGCCCAGGUUCAGUUGAGAGACUCUGUGGCCCGGGUCCUGCCUCACUGGAAGCCACACAUCCCUCUGUACAGCUACCUGAAAGGCCUGUACUCCUUUGGGUUGCUGGAGACUCAUUUCUAUGACGAAGCAGAGAAAGUUGCCAAAGAGGGUCUGGAGAUGACGAGGAACGACGCUUGGUGUGUCCAUUCUAUGGCCCACAUUCAUGAGAUGAAGGGCGAGGUCGACAAGGGGCUCAAGUUCCUGGAGACCACCGAGACGGACUGGCAGGGAUGCGACAUGCUGGCCUGUCAUAACUACUGGCACUGGGCGUUGUACUAUAUCGAGAAGGGAGACUAUGAAGCUGCACUGAGAGUGUUUGAUAAUAAGGUGAACAAAAGCCUUAAAUCUACUGGAAGCAUGUUGGACAAGGUGGACGCCUGCUCUCUGCUCUACAGACUGCAGAUGGAGGGUGUGUGUGUGAAGGACCGAUGGCGUGAGGUGGUCCAGGCCACGCUGUCUCACACCGACGACCACGUGACGGUGUUCAACGACGUCCACUUCCUCAUGGCGUCUCUCGGGGCCAAGGAGGGCGACGCCUCCCAGCGCCUGCUGGACGGGCUCCGCGACCUGGCCCAAAACCCAGGGGACAGUUACCAUCACCAGCUCUCCAUGAAGCUGGGCGUCCCCAUGUGCCAGGCCAUGGUGGAGUAUGACCAGGGCAACUACAGCCGCGCCGUGGAGCUGCUGCAGCCCAUACGCUACCGCCUGAAUGAAAUAGGCGGCAGUGAUGCACAGCGGGACGUGUUCAACCUGCUGCUCAUUCAGGCAGCCAUGAAGUCCAGCGACAAGCACCACAACAAACUGGCCAGGUGCCUGCUGAUGGAACGAGAUGCUCAGAGAGAUAACUCCCCACUCACCACUCGUCUGAUCCAGAGAUCCCAUGCACUUCACGGCUAGGAUGCAACGCACAUUCCCAUCCCCAUCCCAGCGCUCCUUUCAAAGGCAUCUACAUUCCCUCGUAUUAAUUGCUAUGAAGGAAGUAAACAAGGAAACCCUGAUGUUGCCAGUGAACCCCAUCAUCAUGCUUUUUCUCUCUUUCUUUUUUUUACUUCUAUGAUCAUGAACAUUGUAGUUUGUGUGGCACAUUUCACAUACAACGUCUGUCAUUGUAACAUUCAACGUCUGUCAUUGUCGGCUCUCUGGCCUCUGUUUAGGCAGAGUCCUAAUGUUGGGAAUUGGUAUCAAUAACCAGGAAGGAGGGGAAAUCAAUUGAAAUGUAACUAGAUACAAAAUACUCACACAUCCUCACAAAAUGUAUCCAAAUGAAAUAAAUCAAUCAUUGUUUGAGCAAAUAUAAAAUGAAUAAAUGAUCAAUGUAUUCAUACAAUGCAUACAAUAAUAAUGUAUCAUUAAAUUAUAAUUAUUCUAGGAGUUUGUGUUGUUCAAUUGUGCCUACAGGCUCCACUGUUAUUUGCAAAUAUUAUUUGGCAAUAACAGUGGAACCUGUAUGCCCAAUUAAACAACACAAACACUCUGUAUAUCUGCGUUAAUUAUGUUGCUUGAAAAACAACAUUGCAGAUCGUGUUUAUGUUCAACAGCAAAGGGACACAAUGCCAAUCCUACCCUGCGCACAGCGGGCAGUAACUGCUCUUCCUCUCUCAUCCCCAUCACCUGCCUCUUUCUUUUUAUCUCAUUCUCCUCAAAGCUGAGCUUUGAUUGAAAGCUUCUGUUCAUUUUCUUCUGUGUCAGUGACUAAAGUAAACAGGGGGUAAA